AUGAACCGUUUCAAUAUCAUUUCUCUGCUCUCUUUCCUUGCCACCACUGCGGUGGCAUUUCCCCAGCAGACUGCCUCAGCUGUGACGACAGCUCCUCCUUCAACGAUCACCAAGGCUGCGUCACUCACCUGCUCUGAUGGCCAGACUGCUGUCUACACGACGGAUUGCACUAUGGGAACUCCCACCUCGUACUGCAUGAGACCGGUGCCCCCAAUUGAGUGCUCAGCGGGGUACUUCCCUUCUGUUUACCACCCGGGUCAUUGCAUUGAAGCAUCGACCUGCUUCCCGGUUACUGCGGACUGGAUCACCACUGAGUGCACCAAUGGCGCAGUUCCUUACACAACCAAGACUUUGUACUCAGGUACCCUGGCAGGAGGCGAAUCAACCAUCAUCAGUGCCGUUUCUUGCUCUUGCUCUCAAGACUCAUACUAUAGCAACACUCUGCUUCCUGGAGCGUCAACUGUUGACACUUUCUGCAUCCCCUCGAGCUCCUGUCCAUCAGGCAUGACAACCUCGACUUCAACAAACGCAUACUGCGCCACUGCACCGGCGACCGCCUGCCAGAACGUUCCCCUGGUGACCAGCUUCUGCAAGUGUGAGAACGCAGCGCAGACUCCGGUUUACCCCGACAUUGUUGGGGCCGCUCCAACGGGAUGCGCGGCCUUGUCGUGA